AUGGCUUUCGGUGAUCGCGGAGGUCGUGGCGGUGGUGGACGUGGCGGUGCACGUGGCGGUUUCGGUGGUGGACGUGGCGGCUUCGGUGGUCGUGGCGGCGCAGCUGGUGGCCGUGGCGGUUUCGGUGGCGGACGUGGUGCUCCUGGCGGACGAGGCGCUCCCGGUGGACGUGGCCGUGGUGCCCCUGGUGGACGUGGUCGUGGUGCUCCCGGUGGCCGAGGUGGCCGUGGUGGUGCUCGUGGUGGUGGAAAGCCCGGUGCUCGAGGUGGUUCCAACGUCAUCGUCAAGCCUCACCGACACGCCGGUAUCUUCGUCGCCGAAGGCAAGGAAAUGCUCCUUGUCACCAAGAACAUCGCUCCCGGCGAGUCGGUCUACGGCGAGAAGCGCAUCUCGGUCGAAACGCCCGGAGCCGGUGCCGACGGCACUACGGCCAAGACCGAAUACCGUGUUUGGAACCCUUUCCGUUCGAAGCUCGCUGCCGGUGUGCUUGGUGGUCUGGACAACAUUCACAUCGCACCUGGCAAGAAGGUGCUCUACCUCGGUGCCGCCAGCGGUACCUCCGUUUCGCACGUUGCCGACUUGGUAGGCCCCGAAGGUAUCGUCUACGCCGUCGAGUUCUCGCACCGUUCGGGACGUGAUCUCAUCAACAUGGCCAAGAAGCGUACCAACGUCAUCCCCAUCGUCGAGGAUGCCCGUCACCCGCACAAGUACCGCAUGCUCGUCGGCACCGUCGACGUCAUCUUUGCCGACGUUGCCCAGCCAGAUCAGGCGCGUAUUGUGGCACACAACGCCGAGUCGUUCCUCAAGAACGAGGGCCACGCGCUCAUCUCGAUCAAGGCCAGCUGUAUCGACUCGACAGCGCCCGCCGAGGCUGUCUUUGCCGCCGAGGUCAACAAGUUGAAAGGAAUGAAGUUCAAGCCCAGAGAGCAGCUUACGCUCGAGCCAUACGAGCGUGACCACGCCAUGCUUGUCGCUCAAUACCAGCGCCACAAGGCAUAA